AUGAUCUGCCACCGGUGCCGUACCAAUAUCCUGUCUCAAUUACAGCCGCUGCAGCACACGUUUGCGUGGUCUGCCUCAGCUUGCGCCCGCCAGCUUCCAGUCCACCGCAGUCAAUUCCGGAAAUACAGUGAUGGCAAUCCCACGGUAUCGGCCACUCCUCCUCCUGCACCCCGACGACCUGUUGCAGGCGACAUCAUAAUUCCAUCUGCAGUUUCGCCCGCUCCGCUUGAAGUGUCGCAACCCUUGAGCACGCCGGAAGAAGCUCACACCAAUGCGGCUCCCCCGAAGCCCACGAAGCCCACUACUGAACGUGUGAAGAGUUCCUGCGCUGCUGGAGACAAGCUGCACGGCCUUAAUUACUUUAAGAACAAGCCAGACGUUCUUGCACUGGAGGACUCCGAGUAUCCCGAUUGGCUAUGGAAGUUGCUGGAUGGUGCUGAUAAGAAAUCGAAAUCCGAGGGAGGCGUCGAUCCGAGCACUUUGAACAAGAAACAACGUAAGCGCUACGAGAAGAAGAUGGCCGCUCGUGCCGCGACUCUCCCACCGAAGAUCCCGGUUCACCACCACGCCUCCGAUAUCACGCCUGCAGAGUACAACCGCAGCAAGGCGACGGCCGAGACCCUCCUGGACGAAGCCACACAUAGUAUCGAGAAACGCGCCGAGAUCACAAAGAGCGCGAGAGAUGCACGGAGGAAGGGCAUUCGGGAAGCCAACUUCCUGCGUGGACUCUGA